UGAACUCAUCUGCUAUGCAGAUUUCCCAGCCUGGCUCAAAGCCAGAAAGCCUUUCGCAGUGAGCAGCUGAUUUCGUUUCUCUAGCGAGCCAAUGGUGAACGGCUAUUUCAGAAAGGACGCUGGCUGAGUCAUCUUCUGCAGAUAAGCUGAAAUAUUAAUAGUAUCUCCGCCAGGCUCCGAGCAACAACCAGCCUCACUCACAACGUCCGCCCGCAGCCGGGCCGCUUGCGGCCCUGGCCCCGAGUCCACGGGUCUGCAGGACGAUGCAGAGGAGCAUGCGAUGUCCAGGCGCCGAGGAGCUGGGUCUCGCUUAUUGCGGGAGUGACCAGGAUAUCAUCUUGUAGAAGUAAUGCCCACAGAAAGCGGGAGCUGUUCAACUGCUCGCCAAGCAAAACAGAAACGCAAAUCUCAUAGCCUUUCUAUACGAAGAACUAACAGCACUGAACAGGAGAGGACGGGUUUGCCAAGAGAAAUGUUAGAAGGACAAGAUUCUAAACUGCCUUCCUCAGUUCGCAGUACACUUUUGGAACUGUUUGGUCAAAUAGAAAGAGAAUUUGAAAAUCUUUAUAUUGAAAACUUAGAAUUGCGUAGAGAAAUUGAGACUCUUAAUGAGCGUUUAGCUGCUGAAGGACAAGUGAUCGAUGGGGCAGAACUGAGUAAGGGCCAACUGAAAACUAAAGCCAGUCACAGUACCAGCCAGCUUUCUCAGAAGCUGAAGACCACUUACAAGGCCUCCACUAGUAAGAUUGUCUCCAGCUUCAAGGCCACCACAUCAAGGGCUGUGUGCCAGCUUGUGAAGGAGUACAUUGGCCAUAGGGAUGGCAUCUGGGAUGUCAGUGUGGCGAAAACACAGCCCGUGGUGCUGGGGACUGCAUCUGCUGAUCACACAGCUUUGCUGUGGAGCAUUGAGACAGGAAAGUGCCUCAUCAAGUACAUUGGCCAUGUGGGAUCAGUAAAUUCUAUAAAAUUUCACCCAUCAGAGCAGUUGGCUCUCACUGCUUCUGGAGACCAGACUGCUCACAUUUGGAGAUACGCGGUUCAGCUGCCGACACCCCAGCCUGUGGCUGACACUAGUAUAUGUGGCGAGGAUGAAAUUGAGUGCUCCGAUAAAGAUGAGCCUGAUGUGGAUGGCGACGUGUCCAGUGAUUGUCCUACCAUCCGGUUGCCAUUGACUUCCCUUAAGAGUCACCAGGGAGUAGUCAUAGCUGCUGACUGGCUGGUUGGGGGGAAGCAGGUGGUGACGGCCUCCUGGGACCGAACAGCAAACCUGUAUGACGUGGAGACAGCGGAGCUCGUUCACUCUCUGACAGGGCAUGACCAAGAACUCACGCACUGUUGUACACACCCCACCCAACGGCUCGUGGUAACCUCCUCCCGUGAUACGACCUUCCGCUUGUGGGACUUUAGGGACCCGUCCAUCCACUCUGUGAAUGUUUUCCAGGGUCAUACGGACACCGUGACCUCUGCCGUGUUCACCGUGGGAGAUAACGUCGUUUCAGGCAGUGAUGACCGCACAGUGAAGGUCUGGGAUUUAAAGAACAUGAGAUCCCCCAUUGCAACCAUUCGUACAGAUUCUGCUAUCAACAGGAUCAAUGUAUGCGUUGGCCAAAAAAUCAUCGCCCUCCCCCAUGACAACCGACAAGUCAGAUUGUUUGAUAUGUCCGGCGUGCGGCUGGCACGGCUCCCCCGCAGCAGCCGGCAGGGCCACAGAAGAAUGGUGUGCUGCUCGGCGUGGAGUGAGGACCACCCCACCUGCAAUCUAUUCACCUGUGGGUUUGACAGGCAAGCCAUAGGCUGGAACAUCAACAUCCCUGCAUUGUUACAGGAAAAAUAAGGUGCCAGCAUUCCCUAGUUUUGUAGUUCGCCAUGGACCUGUGACUGGAGCAGGCUUUUCUCAUACCGAUCCGCCAUUUUUGUGAGAGCUGGACCCUGAGAAGGGUGAUUUGUAUAUGUUCUUUUCCCAUUGUACCCAGCUUGCAUGAUGUACAGAAUUGUGGUUACGUUUUUAUUCUGUCUUGUCUGUGCUGGCAUCCUCUGGUCAGUGGGAACAAAGCCGCUCCCUACAGCACGUGGCAUUUGACAUAUGACAGGAGGGCAUCACACUUGUGUGAGUUCAAUGUGAACCUGUGUACUUACUGUGAGUGUAAGUCUGUGGCAUUUCUGGAAUAAUCCUACAUAUCUACCUUGUCCUGGGAGACUGCAGAGCUGUGUUUGCGUUGGCUGAUGAAUGGCAAGAUUGGCAAAAAAUUUUAUGUUUACUUCCAUGUGAAGUUGUAGCACAAGCUGUUGUGUAAUUCAGCUUCAGCUCUUCAUUCUCUUACAGUUCUGUGAAAUUAACCUGGAUCUUAGAAGUUAAAAAAAUAGUAUCAGAUGUUGAGUUUGCAGGAUUCAUUUUUUGUUUAAAGAAAAAGUUUUUAUUUUUUUUAAUUUUUAUUUUUUUUAAUAGAAAAUCAUUUCAAUAUCCUGAGGUCUCAUAUUAGCAAAUUCUAAAAUAAGAUUCUAAUCACCAAUUUUAGAUUGUAAGCAAAAUUUAAAGCACUUUAGUUUAUAGCUGUGGUUAUAAACAAUUUUUAGAAGUUUCAAAUAACUUAUCCAUUGAAUGUGACUUGACCUUUUUAAGAAGGCUGUGCUACCUGAAGACAAAACCUUAUUUAUUUUCUACACCUUUGGUUUGCAUGUUUCUGCAUGGGUUCAUUUCUUUGGUGGUAUUUGAGAGCCAACAAUGCAAAUAAAUGAGUACUACCUCAAAAAUAAAUGUUUGGAAAACUUGGGAGUCUUAUUGUGCCUAGCUAACUAAGCACUUUGGCUUUUAGCUGGAAUACCGAGUUCAGUUCAGAAGGCAAGAAAGACAAUCAGCAAAUGUAGUGGAAAGGCACUUCCAUUAGCUAGCUACCAGGGUGGCAGCCGCAGCCAUAGUUCACAGGUGACAAGAUGCUCCUGUCUCAGUUGCCAGGACACCCCUCAGUGCCAACCCUCCCACUGCUGGAGUGGGCCUGUCACCCUUGCCUUCUUAGCAGUUACUGUGUUUGACGUUUGUGAGUUCGUGUUAUUGUUGUUAUAGUUUUGUUAAAGAGACAUCUCAGUGUAUUACUCCUUAUAUUUUUAAUCCUUCAACUAUAUCGGAGACUGGCCCCCUUGGAGAGAUACAAGAGGUUAACAUUGAAAAUGACUGUGGGUGACCCCAUUCCCAUGUCUCCUAUUUUAUAGUGACAUGGCUGGGCACUGUUUGCUGCAGGGCAGUGCGACAUGUGCAGGCUGCCGGGGGUGGAGCGCCUAGGCUCAAGUCCUGCAGUAGCUAAGCUUUGAAACUUCAGUCCUGAGUCCUUGGUGAUUCUGAAAUGAUUUACAGAGCCUGGAAGGGAGAGAGACCAGGAAAAACUAGUAAUAACAGUUCAGAAGUUGCUAACAACAGACAAGCAAUGCUUUAGAGCGACUUUAUUUUUAAAGUUCAAGAAUUAGUUGUAGUUUUAAAGUGUGACAUUUGCCCUCAGCACACUGUUUGAGAACCAAGUCAGUUGUCACUAUGGGCCUGAGCACCAGGUUCCGGCACUGUUCUCCUGAGUGGUCUCGUGGUGAGAUGGCUGCUGAUCACACCUUCUCUACCAUGCCACACCCCCAAAGACAAGCACGAUGAGUUCCUAAGGAUAGGUUGCAUAACCACUCUUGGGUUCCCUCUUUUGUUUUAAUUUGAAUGCUGACUGUCUUAGAAUCACCAUUAGUAACAUUGAAAAAUGUAUACAAGUAGAUAAAUCAAACUUAAGAACUAGAUCUCUUCCAGAUUA